GACUGGCGAAGAGGGAACCAACUGAUGUCAAUACACUGCAAACCGUAGAAAAAAUAAAUAUCAAAUUAUCAUACAAAAUUAAGAUUUUCUCGCAGCUUUCGAACGUGCAGUUGUCAGAGAAUACUGUGUAUUGGAAGAUGGUUUUUCAGUAAAUUCAUGGCAGUCGGUCACCAGGUUUCAAUACCUCCGAUUUCAUACAGGAUGCAAUAAAACCCAAACAUGCGUGAAGGUGUGAUUUCCUCCGGCUUGCACAGGUCGUCCUCUGACUUUUUGUACAAUGUUUAUUGUGGCAUUGUAAAGAAGUCUUUGGUAACCAUGGCAACAGGGGGUGUGUCUCCUGAGAAAUCUGCAAGGUCUGAGGGUAGCACAGUGAAACUGUUCAUUACCUCAUACACUGAUGAUUUCUUUGCAGAGCGAGAAUUUUUGAAGAGAGAGGUACUGCAGGAGUUACGAAGUUGGUGUGAAAGUAAACAGCUUACACUAGCAGAGAAAUUUGUAAAAUGGGGUUCCCUUCAUCCAGACAGGAGAGAUCCAACAAGUCAAGAGAAAAUACAAACAAGUAUAGAAAACUGCUACUAUAACAACAUCAUGCCAAUAUUUCUCAAUUUUACCAGUGAAGGUGUGGGCUGGGUACCAAUGUGGGGAGAAUGUCCAGAUGAACAUAUAGAGGAUUAUAUUGAGGCAUAUGGUUUGUUGAUGGAGGAUUUAGAGGUCAUGUAUGGUGCUUACAGGGAGGAUAAUCAUAACUCAUUAUUUUUGAUACGGCAUGACUCUGUGCUUGAGAAAGUUCCAGAAUUGGAGCAGGAAUACUUCCUGAAGAGAACACCAGCUUCAGAUAAACUACAGUGCUGUGGAGACAAGAUUGCUCAAAAAAUUCCACCAGUAAGAAUAAUAAAGUACCACUGUGAUUAUAAAGGUCUGGAUUCCAAGAAACAUGCAAAAUUAGAAUUUGAAGACAGUCUACGUCAAUCUAUAUUGGACUUUUGUAAGCAGCGAAUAUUGUAUGAUUUUUGUGGAGAACAACCACAGUCUUUCAAUAACCAAGAUAGCCUUGUGUGUAGGCAACAUGAGACAUUUAUGAGACUUAAAGGCUCUACAGUGUUAGGCAGAGAAGAUGUUCUUCAAAAGAUCGAGGAUUAUGUGUUCAGAGAUGACAAAGACGUGCCAUUGCUGUUACUAGGUGAUCCUGGACUUGGAAAAUCUUCCGUUCUCUGUAAAUUUGCUGAUAUUUUUUCAAAGAAAAUUAAAGACGGCUCAUUAAAAAGAUCUGAUAGUAAAACAUGGCAUUUAUUCUUCCAUUUUGUUGGUGCAGUACCGGGUUCUACAAACCUAGAACCAAUGUUAAAACGACUUCUCAGAGAAUUGGAUUUUAUUAAUGAUUCAAACAUGCCAAGGGAUGUGAAUGCAGCAGCUCAGAUGUGUUGUAGUAUGUUGUCUAAUCCAAACACCCAGCCUCUUAUCAUUGUUGUCGAUGCUCUCAAUCAGUUCUCUGAGGAGCAGGCAGCCAAGGUGAUGAGCUGGGUACCAAGAAAACUCUCACCACAUGUUCGCUGUGUGUUUUCUACUAUAAAUCAGUCAAUGCAACAUAAAACUCUGAUGAAGCGGGAAACCAAACCAAUAGAACUCAAUAUCUCACCUUUAGAUAUCAAUUCAAGAAAGGCAAUAGUGAGAGAAAUGAUGACCAAGUAUAACAGAAGAAUGUCCUCAUCUCAGAUAGAGAAAUUGUUGGCACACACGUCUUCCGAGAACCCGCUCUGGCUGACAGUGGCGUGUGAGGAACUGUGUCAGUACAGUCGGAGUGGGGCGGUCGAUGAGAGAAUCAACUGUCUACCAGAUGGUAUUCUCAACUUGCUAGAAGAGCUGCUGAGGAGGUUUGAGGGUGAGUCUGGAGGUACCCUGAUUGUGGCAACACUUUGUCUACUGGAAGCCUCGGCUGCUGGACUGCUUGAGUCUGAGCUUCGUCACAUCCUUGCUGACGAGGACAAACUCAUGCCACCAGCUCCUUUUGAUGAAAAAGAUGAGAAGGAGACUUCAGAGAAAGAGACAAAAAAGCAUAUAGGAUACCUGUCUGACAGUAAAUGGUCUCGAGUAUUCCAUAUUCUCCAGCCAUACCUGAGGCCGUAUGGGGACAGUAGCGAGGGCAGGAUAGACUUCUAUCACAGAACACUCAGUAAAGCUGUAAGACAUAGAUAUUUUCAAAAGAAAGAUGAAAAAGUUGAUGAAAAUAUUGAAGUGGAGGAGGAACGUCCUAUUGUGUAUAACUGGUGGCAUAAAAAGCUGGCAGACUUUUUCGAAAAUGUAGAAAAUGUAGAUAGAUUUGUAGAGGAAUAUCCAUAUCAGCUGGUAUGCUUAGAAGACAAGUAUGGACUGAGUAAAUGUCUGUGUGACUGGCGGGUGUUUGAUGUACUUUACAAUGAAGAGUUCAGCUCGGAACUUCUUGCAUUCUGGAGAAAGGUUGGUAGUGCAUCUGAUAUGAUAUCGCAGUAUGACGAAGCAUUGACGAAGUUUGAGGAGGAUGAUAACGUCAAUGAGGAGGCUGUCUCUAUCAGAUACGAGAAAGUUUGCAGAGUUGUAAUUCAGGCAGGGAAAUACCAUGAAGCCCUGGAGUUGUUGAAGACAGCACUGAAGAUAGAGGAGAAGGAACUUGGUGCUAGACCACAUAGAAUGGUAGAACUGUAUGCCCUUAUGGCAGAAAUUUAUGAUGAGAAAUUAAAACUGAAUGAUUUUGUGUCACCUAGUCAACUACCAGAUUUACGUAAGACCAUUCACUAUGGCCGGAAGUCUAUAGCAUUACGGAAAACACUCCCAGGGACAUAUCAUAGAUUCAAGUUAGGUAUGAGCUUGAUGAAGCUGGCAUUUAACAUGGAAAGUUGGGAAGCAUGUGGUGGUGGGCCAGAACUUACAGGCACAGAUGCUCUCAAUGAAGGCAAUAAAUAUAUAGACAAGGCAUUGAAAAUAUUCCAGGAGCUGAAUGAUCAAGGCCAUUACGCAGAGGCACUGAUGACAAAAGGUGUGCUUGCUCCAAGAGGUUGUAUGGAACAGUUAAAGCUGUACAAUCAAGCCAUGGAUCUGUGUAUGCAGAUGUACGGGGAAUAUCAUAUUCUUACCUCAAGACUUUAUAUCAAUAUUGGAAUUGUCUAUGAAGACAAUAACAACUACAAAAAAGCUUACGAAUAUUUUAAAAAGUGGGCAAGAGUCAGUGAAGAAAUUCUUGGGCCGGAACAUCCGAAGACAUUACGGGCAAAAGGUGUUUUACGAGAGACCAGAUAUAGGAGUAUUGCACGUGAAAUGGGUGAGUGGAAUGAAGAAGACAUGGAUGAUAACAAUGACGACGAUGAUGAAGAUGAGGAAACGGAAAAUCCAGAUUUAGAACAUUACUAUGACGAUCAGGUUGGUCAGAAUAAUAAUCAACAGUUGAUAAUGGACAACAGUUUGAUUCAUGAUAAUGGGAAUAUAGAUAAUAGUGUCGGACCUGUGAUCGAAGUUGCCCCAGACGUUGACGGAAAUAAUGGGGAUGUUCUUUUAAACGGGUAUUAUGAACAAGAUGAACAGGCAGAGGAUAAUGGAAGUGAUAGAGAGAAUUCAGACAAUGAAAAUUUUUAUGAUGAUAAUUUUGAGGAUUAUGACGAACAUUACAUGAUGUAUUCAGACACAGGACCUGCUAUCGAUGAAUUUAAUGUGAAUAUUUUACAUGAUGAUGAUGAUGACGAUGAUGAUGAGAUUAUUGCAAUGGCGUCGAGAGACCCAGCAAAUGAUUCCCUGAACUCUCUGCCUGAGCAAGACAAUAGAUAUGCGAAUGAUAGCCAUGAAUCAAGUGAUAGUGACAGCCAGGAUACUAACCAGCACCACCCAAACAAUGCAUAAAAUUUUAUUGUACAUGUACAUGAUAUCUUCCCGAUGCUUUGCUGAAUUAUUCUUGUUUUUCCUGGUUUAUAUACCUUUAUUUAUUGGUAAAAUGAAGUUUUAUUGAGUUUUAAGAAAAGAAUGCAAAACACAUGACACUUGCCUGAACUGGUAUAGUUUUUAGACCCAAUUUAAAACUUAUAAAAUAUUGGUCUUUUAUUCUCAAGAAGUACUACAAUCUUUUAUAUAGUUAUGUUUUAAUUAUCUUCUCUAGGUCAAGUGGUAAUGAUAUAUAUAUCAUUUUGAAAGGCACAGUUUAUUAAAAUCGGUUUUUAAAAGAUCAGACUGCAAUUUAAAGAUAUUGCAGUUAUUUAUGUCAUACAUGUUAUUCAACAGUAAAUGAACUUAAAGUUAUUUAUUUCAAAUUAAGUGAUUAGUAGAAUUGAUUUUCUGAUUAAUUUUCUAAUAAUGUUGUACUAUGUAAUGCAGAUAUACACAAUCAAAAUUACUUUAAAUGAAAUCAUACGAAGGAAAACAUCCUGCACGAAAACUUCCGCCCAGAAGGCGGAUUCCACUUGAAUUGCAAUUCAGGUUAAUAUACACGGAUUCUGGUGGAAACCAGUUAAAAAAUCUGCCUGGCCAAUAUUUAGCAGGAAAAAAAUUUGCCAUAAAAAUUCCAUCUAGAGAAUACACUAGCAGGAAAAAAAAUCACUUUAAGAAAUUCUUAACAGGAAAAAGGUCUGCCAUUUGGUUAAUGAAAGAAUCUAAAAAAAACACAACAAAAGUACAUGUAUAUCAAAAUUUCAGUGUCUUAACAUUUAUAGCUUUUAACUAUAAUUUUGAACUUCAUUUUUAUAAUUAUUUUAGAAAAAUACAUAUUUUUGACAAAAUAAGAAGCAUGGAAAUCAAGUACUGAUCAAAACAUUUACAAAACAUGUACAGUGACAGGAGGUGGGGGCACCUGUGUCCUAUGGAUACACAUUUUUUCAUGAUACAAUGUAUGUGUGUUAUGCUACAUAUUUAUUGUGAUAAUUUAUAACAGUUGAUCUGAUAACAUUUCUUUGCCUUUAUUUUAUUUUUAGCUCACCUGAGCAAAACUUGCUCAAGUUAAGCUAUUGUGAUUGCAGUGUCGUCAACAGUUGGACUGUCAACACGUUUUGCCCAGUCAUAAUGAAACUUGGACAGAAUGUUUGACUUAACAAAGUCUCUUUUGAGUCCAAAACUGUGUCAUAUGGGUUCAAAACUUAGGUCACUAGGUCAUAUAAUAGAAAACUCUUGUUAAUUAUGUACAGGCCUUAUUUUGUACCUGAUCUUCAUAAAGCUUUGACAGAGUAUUUGUCUUUAUGAAGUCUAGAUAAAAUUUAAAACUGAGUUAUCUAAGGUCAAAAACUAGAUCUAUAGGUCAGAUCAGAAGAAAACAUUGAUAACACACAAGAAGGAAAAGGUUCUACCUAAUAUAUUACAACUGUUGUCUGCAUCAUUAUCUGCAUUGGGAAUAUUGAUCACUCAAAAUAUACCGGCAUGCUGUCUCAUCUGGCAGCUCUUGUUUCUCUGGUAAAUCAUUAGUAAUUUAUUUACAAACUUCCUUUAACAGAUUCAGAAUGCAAAAAAGAGAUUAGAAAAAGUAUUCCAGACAUGCCUAAAAAAACCACAACAAAACACUACCUUUAUAUGCUGCCAGUUUAAUAUAUGUAAAGAACAAUGUAAUAAUUUUUUUUCAUUUUAAUGGCCCCAUUAGAGAAGAGGAGUGUAUUGUUUCACUCAGUUUAGUUGGUACACCAGUGUCUGGAAAAUGCUUGGGCAUAUGGUUGUCAAAUUUAAAAUGGUGAUUGCAUGUGGUCAUUAUAUGACCCCAGUCAUUUCUUGCAUUGGUACGUCAAAGGUACUUCACUGUGGUCCAAGGUGUCACAGUAAUGAAAGAUCAAAGGUAAAGGUCACAGUAAAAUUGUUUUUGACAUUGAAAAUUCUUUCUGAUAAGUACCUGAUGAAUGCGUGGAGCUGUGGUUGCCAAACUUCAUACAAUGAUUGCCUAUGGCAAUAGAUGAUCUGAUCUUUUCGAGGUCAUAAUAUUAAAGGUCAAGGUCACAGUUAAUAGUUUCUGGUCAGUAUCUGGUGGAGUCAAACCUCAAGAUGAUUGACUUGGUUAGAAGAUCACCCUUACUACAUCAAAGGCCAAGGCCAUUUGACGAAAACAGCUUCCAGUUAGUAACUGGGGAAUGCCUGGACAUUGGAUAAUCAAACUUCAUUGGAUGAUUGCCUGUUGUCAUAACAUGACCUUUGACCUUUGUUGUUCCUGUGGUCGUUAGGAAAGACCAUAACAUAAUUGAGCUUGAAAUUACAUACCUAGUUACCUAUGCCAGGUCAUUAUGUGGGGUGAGCAGAUGUGUGUAUCAUACAACAUUAGUUUACAGACAUGUUUUGUUUUUCGAUUUUAGUUGAACAGAAGUUUUAGAUAAAAAACUGCAAAAAUUAAAAAGAAAACAUGAUUGGUGCUACAUACUUAUAAACUGUAGUAGAGGUUUUACCAAAGAAAUACACUCCAAGAAAACUUUUAACAAGCUUUAUUUAAUGUAUUAUAUGAGCCGCGCCAUGAGAAAACCAACAUAGUGGCUUUGCGACCAGCAUGGAUCCAGACCAGCCUGCGCAUCCGCACAGUCUGGCCUGGAUCCAUGCUGUUCGCUUUCAAACCCUAUUGCCAUUAGAGAAACUGUUAGCAAACAGUAUGGAUCCUGACCAGACUGCGCGAAUGUGCAGGCUGGUCUGGAUCCAUGCUGGUCGCAAAGCCACUAUGUUGAUUUUCUUAUGGUGCAGCUCAAUUAUCUUUUAUCUGUAGGAAUAAAUGGGAUUUAUGUCCUUAUUCCAUUAGGUAUUGUCAUCAGCAAAAAUCUUCAGUACUACAAAGAGCUGCAUAGUUCUCAAGUACUGGAAAACAUCCUGAUCAGUACUUGCAUGAUGCAGAGUAUAAAAUUUUGCCUUGAACUUUUUAAUACACCUAGGAAACAGGAAUCACUUUGCCUCAUCCCAUCUGUCCCUGUCCUGUACCAUCCCUGUGGAACCCAGACAGAUAUCAAUUUGCAACAGGUUUUUAGGGCAAUAAGACAAGUUCACACACCAGGUCGCAUAACUUUUGACUUCUGUUUUCACAAACUUAUUCUCACUUUCUCUCUUUGCAAAUGUAAAAAAAAAAAAUGACAAUUUUAGAAAUAUUUAAUGUGAAAGAUAACAGUGAAUGUACCUAGUAAAGCAGAAGAAUUAUGAUAUACUCCUGUGAAUGUUUAUAAAAUAAACUCACAACUUUAAAGCCAAUGAAGAGAAUUUAAUGAAAUGUGAUACAAUGACAGGUGAAAUGAAUUAAACUGAAAAGCAAAAGAACCAUAACAUUUUGAUGAACAAAUAUAAAAUUAUCGCCCAGACUUAAAAUAAAAGGUGAUGUGAGUAGUAUGAAGAAGGAUACAGUUUUAUAUAUUUAUUACCAUUAUAACCUUUUCAAACAAGGCUUUUAUUUAGGAUAUGAAUCACAUUUUGUGAUAGCUCAAGGUUUUACAGCUGUUCAUGUUUAUGUUCAAAUUAGAUAAAAAACAUUUGUAUGAAGUCUAUUUUUCAGCUAUGUCACUGCAUGGUUUCUGUAUUUUGAAUAUUAGCUUGGUUUAUCUAGUACAUCAUUGUUGAAAACUUUGUUACUGAUAGAAAACUCAAAUAAAAAAGAAAAACCAGAA